AUGGCGAACGAAGCUCCGUCAAACAGCGCUCCAAUUGGUGGACGCCCCAAGGACGACUGCAGUCCCCAACAAAACCAAUCACCACCAAUGAUGCUAGGAGAUUCAUCCGACGGCGUCGAUGGCAAGUUAAAAAGCAACGAUACUAGUCAUGAUGCAUUUAUCAAGGAACAAGAACGAAAUGGCCGAAUGAAUCCUGCUAUCGCAUUGGCAUUAAACAACACCUCUUCUGGCGAGUUGGAUACCUCACCAAGAGGCAUAAAGUCUGGUAACAAGAAGGUGCGGAUGACUGUUUCUCCAGCAAGAAAGCAGAAGACUGAGAUUAAAAAUGCCCCCAAAAACAACGCUACAACUGAUGAUAGGCAGCAACAACAGACGAGUAGAACUGGUAAUGAUUGGAUGAAGGAAAUUAAAGAACAAGAGAGAAUAGCGCAAGAGAGUCCCGCAAUAGCAUUGGCGCUGAACAACAACACCUCACAUGGCUCACUGCCACCUCCAGCAGCAGCAGCAGCCAGAAGUCAGCGCACAACACGAACAUCCACUCCAGCCACCCAAACUGUCGCUGGGAGUGGGUCUACUGGACAGAAGAAAACUGGAGCCCAAAAGGAGACACCUCCAACAUUUCAACAACCUACUAGACCAGACCUAGAGAAACUGGGGACCACUAUGAAGUCUGUGCCUAUUGCACCCUCGGCAAUGCCAGCCGCCCAGUUUGAAAAUUUCCAAAGCGGUGACCAGCUUUCAUUUUUGCCCAAGAAAUCAUCCAAACCCAAUAGUAGUGUUACACCACCGACAUUUCAACAACCUAAUGGAACAUUCCCAGAGAAAAUGGAAGAGGGAGAAUCUUAUUUAGGCGACAGCUCAGAGGACCUGAUGAAAGCCACAGUCAUGUGGUCAAGGCAGCGGGAUCCUGUCUCAGACCUAGGCAUCAUCACACAUAAUGCUGCUGCUCCAAACAGUGAGAUUAUUCCAACCAGCGACACUGCAAACAGGACGGUGUUCAGAGAGGAAGAGGGUGGAAGCCUCAUGGACAGCCGACGAGCCAAAAAGCGGAUUUCUGGUCCUGUCCAGCCUGGAGCAUUUGGAGCAGCUCCAGGAAUGCAACCAACCCGAGUUGCAUCCAUUAGAUAUUGCAAUCUGACCCAGCCAGGGCCAGAUGAUGCCCACCACAAUCCCCACCACAGCCAUCCAAAUGUGUCCGUGGAUACCACUCAUGAUCCAACAACCCUCCCUGUCGUGAUAGAUGUAGAAACAAGAACAGCCUACAGCAUGGGAUUGGUUGAAGCCACAGCUGUCAUUGGCGAAUCCACCGACAUCAUUUUGGGCCAAGCUGACAGUUACCAUGGCCCCACGGCAGAUGAAGCGCAGCAAAACAGAGAUCAGAAGAAGCGCUACUACAAGGGCACUAUUUUUUGUCUGGCGGUUGUGCCAAUUAUUAUUGUUCUCAUUCUGCUGCUGUCUGGAGUUUUUGAGAAGGCUCCCAAACUUUCUGUUGUGAUCUCUACAGAAGCACCAUCCAAUGCUCCAUCUGGAAGCCCAACAGUAGCACCUACUCCAUUCAUUGUUCCACUGCCAGAGUACACUGUCAACACACUGCAAAAUGGUCCUUUGGAUUCUCCUCAAGAAAGAGCCUACAGAUGGAUCCGAGAUGAUCCCAACUCUGAAGAGUAUUCUGAUGCGCGAAAGCAACAACGGUUUGCCCUGGCCACAUUCUACUAUGCAUCAAAUGGUGACAAAGGAAUGUGGACACGUCAGGAUGAUUGGAUGUCCUAUGAUGUCCACGAGUGUGAAUGGUUUAGCAGAUGGAUCCGUCUAGGACCAGACUUUCCUGAAAUCUGUGAUGAAGAAGGCAAUUAUCAGGCGUUGAUCCUGACGCGGAAUGGGCUUUCAGGGAGCCUUCCACAAGAACUGGUCCUGCUGACAAAGCUGGAAGUUUUUGAUGUUGCCACAAAUGAGAUCAGGGGGACAAUCCCAAGUCACAUUGGUCUGAUGACUUCUCUUUAUGAGCUUAUCCUUGACAUCAAUAAGCUCACUGGGGAAGCGCCAUCUGAGAUUGGACAGUUGACUCGUUUGGAGUGUUUCUUUGUGCACACAAACCCACUGACUGGCACGAUCAUGACAGAAGUUGGCCUCUUGACUAACAUGAUCGAUUUUGAAUGGGCAGACACCUCAAUGAGUGGGACUGUUCCUUCUGAGAUGGGCCGAUUGAGUCUUUUGGAAUUUCUCUACCUUCAUACCAACUCGGCAAUGACUGGCACAAUCAUGACUGAAAUUGGCCUUUUGACCAAGAUGGUAGACUUUCAAUGGGCAGUAACAAUGACAAAAGGAACAAUCCCAACGGAGGUUGGGUUGAUGACCCAGAUGACCGCCUUGUGGUUGGAUGAAAAUCUGCUAGAAGGGCCACUCCCGUCAGAGCUUGGCUUGUUGUCAAAUCUGUCACUUGUUCUAUCAUUGUAUACCCAGUUCUUGACAGGUACCAUCCCUACCGAGAUUGGCAGGUUGACAGGUCUGGAGUCCUUGUACCUUGAUGCGAAUUCUCUCUCAGGAAUAAUUCCAAGUGAAGUAGGAAGUUGUGUCAAGGCAGAAGAAAUCUUUCUAGAGGAAAAUGAUCUUCGGGGAACUAUUCCAUCUGAACUGGGAGGCUUGACUUUGUUGGAGUCCAUUGUCCUUUCAUCUACCAGCCUGUCAGGAAGUAUCCCUUCUGAACUUGGUCGCUUGUCUUUACUGAUUCAAUUGAAUCUUGAUGGCACAAACCUCAGCGGCACUGUUCCUGCUGAGCUGGGCAAUGUGGGCUUCAAUCGUGGCAUAGAAAGCCUCAAGCUGAAUGACACACUUCUUACAGGUGAAGUUCCUGCUGAUCUUUGUGAUAUUCCUGAAGUGAGCUUUGAUUGCUCGGAUCAUCUUUGUGGUUGUGAUUGUGUAUGUCAAUUUGUGGCUCAAGGAAGUGUAGAGUCCUCCGGUAGGCCCAGGGCUUCCAGGGAAUAUGACAUAUUUGAUAAUCCUUAA